AUCAUCAUAUUUUAGUAACGUAAAACGUGUAUACCACACCAGUCCAAUAUAUAUCGAUAACGUAUAUACGUAACUAAUUAACCCACGGUCUCUAAAACAUGACUUUCGGUUCCGACGACGAACCAUUAACACCAGCCGGUCGUUUGUUCACACAACCCUUAACCCACCAAAUCAUAAACUGCGCUCUCGGCCUAUCUCGACCCAUCGAAUUCGAUGAGGCUCGAGAUGUGGUAUAUGAUUCUCUUAUGAUCAAACACCCUAGGUUUUCCAGCCUUUUAGUCACGGACGAUCAAGGCCAUGAAUAUUGGCGAAAAACCGAACUUGAUAUCAAUCGUCACAUAUUCCUCCACCCCGAUCGCGUUUCUGAUGAUCACGUGGAUGAUGACGAGGCCGCAAUAAAUGAAUUUCUAGCUGACCUUACGGUUUCUUGUCCUUUGAGUACGGAUAAACCGUUAUGGGAGAUUCAUUUAUUAUCUGCUCACAAGUGCGUGGUGCUGCGUUUACACCACGCACUUGGUGACGGUAUUUCUUUGAUGUCUUUGAUGUUAACUUUGUGUAAAAAACUCGAUGAUCCUAGUCAAACGCCUACCAUUCAACCCUUGGUUUCAUCAAGAAAAAAAAGUGUGGAGUUAGGAACGUUUGAAAAAGUUUUGACAUGGUUGAAAAUGGUAUGGUUUACUUUGAUUUAUAUGUUUGAGUUUUUAAUGCGAUCGUUAUGGGUGAAAGACGAAAAGACGGGGAUUCGUGGUGGAGAAGGGGUAGAAAUGUGGCCGAGAAAACUUGCAACCGCGAAGUUUAGUAUUGACGACAUGAAAACGGUGAAGAAUGCGGUCACUAAUGCGACAAUAAAUGAUGUUCUUUUUGGAGUAAUAUCAAGUGGGCUAUCAAAAUAUUUGGACAGUCGAUCACCAAACUCUCUUCAAGAGGGACUCCAAAUAACCGGUGUCGCGUUGGUUAAUCUAAGACAAUCACCGGGACUUCAGGAUAUAAAAGAGUUGAUGAAGAAAAAUGCAGGGUCGGGAUGGGGAAAUAAAUUUGGUGUUAUGCUCCUACCAGUUUACUACCAUAAGAAAUGCUCCGAUCCUCUUCAAUAUUUGAAAAGAGCCAAAAUGAUGAUUGAUCAAAAGAAGUUGUCCAUGGAGGCCUUUCUUUCGUACCAAAUUGGAUACUUCGCUAUGAAAUACAUUGGAGCAAAGUUUGCAAGUUUGCUCAAUUACAAGGUGAUUUGCAACACGUCUUUCACGAUUUCAAAUAUUGUGGGCCCGAGAGAGGAGUUCACUAUUGCUGGCAUACCGGUUACUUAUAUUAGGACGACAUCAUCAAGCUUAUCACAUGCGAUCACAAUGCAUAUGGUGAGUUAUGCCGGAAAGGCCGAUAUGCAGAUUCUAGUUGCCAAAGACCUCAUUCCCGACCCUGAAAACUUGGCAAAAUGCUUUGAGGAUGCAUUACUUGAAAUGAAAGAAGCCGCGAUACAAACAUGAAAAAAAAAAUUAAAAAAAAAAAUCCAUUAGAAUUCUAUAAGAUGUUGUCUAUAGUAUGAAUAUAUACAAAUGCAGGUCGUAUUCUUUGCCAUGUUGGAUUCAUGUGGCGUGAUCAAUAUCUCAAUUGGGAAGAACACUUUAAUGUAAGCUGUUGUAACUUUAUUUGUGAGCAACAUUUUUCAAUGAAAUCUAAAAAUUAGAUAUA